AUGGGCUCCCAAGGCACCCCAGGCCCCAUCCGCCUGGCCAUCCUCAUGACCGACGUCCCGCUGCCCGGCACGUGCGCCCGGUACACCGACUACGCCGGCGUCUUCACCGACAUGUUCGCCCGCGCCGUCGCGCCCGCGCCCCUCUCCGACUUCCUGACCGUCACCAAGCACGACGUCGUCGCGGACGGCGCCGGCGCGUCCUACCCGCGGCCCGAGGACGUCGACGCCGUGCUCAUCACGGGCAGCCGGCACGACUCCUUCGCCGACGACCCCUGGAUCCUGAGGCUCGUCGACUGGACCCGCGCGGCCCUCGCCGCCGAGGGGCCGUCCCGCGUGCGCGUCGUGGGCGUCUGCUUCGGGCACCAGAUCGUCGCCCGCGCCCUGGGCGCGCGGGUCGACCGCAACCCGGGCGGGUGGGAGCUGGCCGUGACCGAGGUGCGGCUGUCGGCCGAGGGCAGGAAGCUGUUUGGCCUGGACAAGAUGAGGAUACACCAGAUGCACCGAGACGCCGUCUUCUCAUAUCCGGCCGGCGCGGUGCCGCUGGCAGAUACAGACAUAUGCCCCGUCCAGGGCAUGCUCGUCCCGGGCAAGGUCAUCACGGUGCAGGGCCACCCCGAGUUCACAGAGGGCAUUGUCCGGGAGAUUCUCGAGUCGAGGCAUGACUCCAAGAUCAUCAGCGACGAGCUGUACAAGUCGGGCAUAGAUCGGGUUGCUAACGAGCACGACGGCCUCACGAUAGCAAGAGCCUUUCUCAAAUUUAUGCGCGAAUGA